ACAAAGGCUACUCUAGUACUUACAUCAUGUGAUUUUUUAUUUUUUUAAGUACUUGAUCAAACAAGGAUUCCCCCAAUUGAUAUGCUUGGUGAUGAGGGAAUGCUCGGUGGUGCUGGUGCUUGAUGAUGGCGAGGUAAGAGUGUAUGGUGCUGCAAGAUUUGUUCUUUUUACCAAGCUUGGUAUAAGUCAUCAACAUUGAAGGGUUCUCCAGCAAACGUUUUCGAGACGGUAACUUCACAAAGAACGAAAAAGACCCAUAUUAUACACUGCCCAGUCCGCUUUGGGCAGACCAGGUGUACAUAUACAACGCUGACUCGAUCGCAUCGUCAAUCCAAGUACCUAUGCCAAAGUUAAUUGCAUUGAUCCAUUUUUUAACACAACAAGAAAAACACAUAGUUGCGUUAGAUGAAUACAUGGAUCCAACUCUACGAAAAAUUUACAGCACAGCCUACCGAAUAUUCACCAUUGAAUCUGAGAAUAAAGUACUCAGGGAUACCGAGGUUGAAUCAUAUUGCGAUGCCAUGACAUCCCAAUUCAAGAAAAUCAUCCAUAAUAACAACUGCAAUGAUGAGGUAUCAAGGAAACGGAUAGAAAAAUACGCCGAGGACGGUAUUAGCUUUUCAGAAAAUUUCAAGCGUCGAUGUAUAGGGGAAGAGGGGCAUAUUACUGUUACACCUGUCCAGACCACCGAAUCAAAGGACCUGCAAUUUGUAAAGGAUUUCAUGGAACAAAACCAAGGCAAAAUGAAAUGGCCAUCUUGCUAUGACAGAGGCAUCGAUAAAGGACUAUUUGAUAGAUUUUCAUCGCAUUCAACACUCAAAAUGGCGUGAUCUGCAAAGCAACAUUGAACAUGAUCAUCAAGAUCUCGCAAGCUUCUUCAGUCAAGUGCUUACCGUUAAGCAAAAACAAGGUCAAAAACAAAACGAAUGCCAAAGGCUCGGUGGAAUGAUACUCGUUGUUGCCAAAACGAGCAAAGGGAUCUUUUCAUAGCCACACGCUCUGAAUCAAAAUAAAUCGAAUUAAAUAAACUUUGGUCUUUUUACUGUAUAACUUAACCGAUCCAUAACUGAAUAUCACUUUAUAUAGAG